AAACCCAACUGGUCUUAUUUAUACCUGGAAUACAACUUUCAUUGGGUAUAUCUGAACCUAGCACAGCUUUCUGUAGAACAUCCAUUACUGGAUAUUGCAAGGAGCUGCAGCCCCUCAUGGCUAACACUGUUCUACAGACAGCAGCACUGAAGAAGUCACAGCUGCAGCAGAAUGAUCAACACCACUCACAACAUGAGUCUUCCGACCUUCAGAAGAUCAAUGGCAAACUCACACGCUAUGUUUCUUACUUCACUGGAGACAUGGCUCCUUUUAGUGAGUGGAUGAAAGGAAAAUUCAUCUUGCUUCAGAUUUUUGAUUGGAUGUUAAGAGGCACAUCACAGGUCAUGUUUGUGAAUAAUCCUCUGAGUGGACUGAUCAUCUUUGCUGGACUCAUUCUCCAGAAUAGAUGGUGGGCUCUUAAUGGCUUUGUAGGCACCUUGUUUGCUACAAUCUCGGCCCUCAUUCUCCAACAAAACAGAGAGGCGAUUGCAGCAGGCCUGUACGGAUACAAUGGAAUUCUGGUUGGUCUUCUAAUGGCAGUCUUCUCCAAUGCAGCUGAUUGGUACUGGUGGCUUCUGCUGCCCAACAUCUUUAUGUCGAUGGCAUGCCCAAUAGUGUCUAGUGCCCUGGCCUCUAUCAGCAGUCGGUGGGAUCUGCCAGUCUUUACCCUGCCAUUUAACAUUCUGGUGUGUCUUCAUAUGGUAGCUACAGGCCACUACAACCUCCACUUUCCACAGAUCCUUAUCCAGCCUAGAACCUCCUUCCCCAACAUCACAUGGUCUGAGCUGGAUUAUCCUUUGCUCUUCCGCUCCAUUCCUGUGGGCAUUGGACAGGUCUAUGGAUGUGAAAAUCCUUGGACAGGUGGCAUAUUCAUUGUGGCCCUGUUUAUUUCUUCACCGAUUACUUGCGUGCACGCUGUUAUUGGUUCAGCUGUUGGGAUGGUGUCAGGUCUCGCUCUUGCUGCUCCAUUUGACAAAAUCUACUCUGGACUUUGGGGAUACAACUGCGUCUUGGCCUGCAUUGCAAUCGGUGGAAUGUUCUAUGCUCUUACGUGGCAGGUUCAUCUCCUGUCUAUAGUCUGUGCAUUUUUUUGUGCAUAUCUCGGCUCCGCGAUUAGCAACGCAAUGGCAACUUUCGGGCUUCCAGCAUGCACUUGGCCGUUCUGCCUGUCUGCCCUUACUUUCCUCUUGUUUACUACGGAGACAAAGGCAAUCUACAAGCUACCGCUUGCCAGAGUAACCUACCCUGAGAAAAACCUCACGUUCUACAGGAAGAGGAAGAAGGAGGAGAAGGCUGAAAAGGUCAAAAACACUAAAGACGAGGUGCAGAUAAAAGGUUUGGAAAUUUCAAAAGAUGCAGAUGUAAAUAUUAUGGUGGAAAAUCAAGAUAAGGGGCAGCAGAAAUUCUCAAGAGAGACAAAACCAUGUUUAACAAAAAGCCCAUUACUGCACCAAAAGUGAAUGCAGCGGAUUGUGUCAACUUUUACAUUCUAUUGUUUUGCUCCCUCACAUAUAUAUAUAUAUAUAUAUAUAUAUAUAU